ACAAGCAUUGAGUCGGGCUUAGACAACUUGGACCAGCAAAACUUCAUUCCAAAUAGUCCAGGAAAAUUCAAUCGUGUAUAGCAAUAGAAUGUUUUUUAUAAUUUUUCUUUAAAAUGACUCAUUUUCUAACAAAAUUCAAAGUGAUUGACUAAAAGAAACGUAACUCUAAAUAGGUCAAAAUGUUGGAAGAGCAUAAAGUAUUUUAAAGAAUAAAUAGGUCAAAAUGUUGGAGGAGCAUAAAAGGCUUUAAAGGAAUAAAUAGGUCAAAAUUUUGGAGGAGCAUAAAGGACUUUAAAGGAAACUUUUUUAGGUAAUAAAUUAAAAAACAAGUUGUGAGUAUAUGAACCCGAAAGACACUGUAAAUCUGAUUCGAUCUAUGUUGGUUUGUAUAGCAAGGUGCUGAUGAUCCUGUACAUAUGUGAUGAACGUGUUCACUUGAAUCGUUUGACAUGAUCCUAUACAUACGUGAUGAACGUGUUCAUUUGAAUGGUUUGAAUGAUCCUGUACAUGUGUGAUGAACGUGUUCACUUGAAUCGUUUGACAUGAUCCUGUACAUGUGUGAUGAACGUGUUCACUUGAAUCGUUUGAUAUGAUCCUGUACAUCUGUGAUGAACGUGUUCACUUGAAUCGUUUGAUAUGAUCCUGUACAUGUGUGAUGAACGCGUUCACUUGAAUCGUUUGACAUGAUCCUGUACAUGUGUGAUGAACGUGUUCACUUGAAUCGUUUGAUAUGAUCCUGUACAUCUGUGAUGAAUGUGUUCACUAGAAUCGUUUAAAAUUCCUCUCUUGUUAUGCUCCGAGUUUAAACAGUACCAAUAUUUACAUAAGUGUGUGUUGUUCCUUCACGUGUGGGUAUAUAUAAGCCAGGGAUAUUUGUAAGCUGUACUACUUAAAUCGUCAAGAACCGAAGUCUGUCAAAAGUAAAACCAUAUUCGUGAAACUUCAACACGAUACGUACUUCUGAGUACCCCAGUUUGAUUAAAUACAAGACACUAGCUCCUGACGUCACUAACGAAGGUCCCAGGUGUCUUAGACGAAGGGAAACUAAAGACUUGAAGAACCUUCUUUUGAUGAUUCGUUACAAGGAUCUUACGAACGAAAACUGAUAAACCACUUAAUGCGAGAUUAUAACGUCCUGGAAAGGCCGGUGGCUAACGAGUCAGAUCCAUUGAUACUCAGUUUUGGACUUACUCUGCAGCAGCUCAUCGACAUGGACGAAAAAAAUCAAAUACUAGUGGCAAACAUAUGGUUAAACAUGGAUGAAAAGAAUCAACUCUUAAUUGCAAAUAUCUGGUUAACCUUGGAAUGGACAGACGCCAAUCUCCAGUGGAAUCCGGCGGAUUACAACAACAUCAAAGACAUUCGUUUAUCUCCCAACAAGGUCUGGAGGCCUGAUGUUUUAAUGUAUAACAGGUAGGAUCUCUCGUG